AUGGCCCUCUCGCUGUUCUCCGUCAAUGCCAUCCUCAUCCUCUCCACCGACGACUCGUCGCGCAUCCUCGCCAAGUACUACAAUGCUCCGCACCCGCCCGCCGGCACGCCCGCCCACGCCAGCAACUACCCCGGCGCAAACCCCUACCCCAACCUGAAGGACCAAAAGGCCUUUGAAAAGGGCCUGCUCGAGAAGACGGCCAAGCAGACCAAUGACAUCAUCCUCUACGACAACCGCGUCGUCGUCUUCAAGAUGGAGUCGGACGUCAUGCUCUACGUCGUCGGCGGCGCCGACGAGAACGAGAUCCUGCUCUACAACGUCAUCCUGGCCCUGAGAGACUCGCUCAACAUCCUCCUCAAGAACUCCACUGACAAGCGCACCAUCAUCGAGAACUACGACCUCGUCUCCCUGGCGAUAGAUGAGAUUGUCGACGACGGCAUCAUCCUCGAGACGGACCCCGUCAUUGUGGCUUCGCGCGUCAGCAGGCCGCCGCAGCAAGACUUCAACCCCAAGAACAUUGACCUGUCGGAGCAAGGUCUGAUCAAUGCGUGGGAGUUCGGCAAGCGCACGCUGGGUGAGCGCUUGAGGCAGGGCCUGUGA